CUCUUUGAGAGGAACAGCACCAAGGAAGGACCUUCUGAAGGUGGUCUACCCGUCUAACCUCCAGCUCUUUGAGAGGAACAGCACCAAGUACCUUCUGAAGGUGGUCUACCUGUCUAACCUCCAGCUCUUUGAGAGGAACAGCACCAAGGAAGGACCUUCUGAAGGUGGUCUACCGUCUAACCUCCAGCUCUUUGAGAGGAAGAGCACCAAGGAAGGACCUUCUGAAGGUGGUCUACCUCUCUUUGAGAGAAACAGUACCAAGGACCUUCUGAAGAUUGUCUAUCCGUUGUUCCGGGCUGGUGGUCCCAGCUCCUUUAGCCAGCUGAUGAGUAUUGUGUCUGCCCUGUUCUGUGGGUACCCAGACGGAGAGGGAUCCAGGGUCCUCUCCUUCAACUGGUACGAAGACAACAACUACAAGGUGUUCCUGGGGGUGAAUGGAUCCAAGAACCACGACUAUGUCUACGACAUGACAACCACUCCGUUCUGUAACGACCUGAUGCAGACUCUGGAGUCUAACCCGGUCACUAAGAUCGUCUGGAGUUCAGUCAAGCCUCUCUUCAUGGGGAAGAUCCUCUACGCUCCAGACUCCCCAGCCAUCAGACUGAUACUAAAGAGUGCCAACACUACGUUUGAGGAGCUGGAGCGUCUGAUGACCAUGGGAAAGGCCUGGGAGGAGGUGGGACCUCAAAUCUGGAGGUUCUUCAACGCUGGCAUACAGAUAAACAUGAUCAGGGACACCAUCAGAAACCCCACGGUAGCAGACCUAAUAGACAGGAGUAUGGAGGACACUGAGUUCUCCUCUAAAGACAUCCUCAACUUCCUGUACAACGGGUUGGAGGAGGACAGAGAAGAGACCAUGCCCAGCUUCGACUGGAGGAACGUCUUCAACCUCACAGACCAGGCCGUCCGCAUGUUCAACCAGUACGGAGAG